AGCACUGUAAUGAUCAUCGCUCAUUGUCAAAUUGCAUUCCUCACUUGUGUAUAUCUGAAGGUAUUGCGUGUUUUACUGAUCGAAAAUUGCCUGUGCUCAUGCAACUUGAAUACAUUUUACCUGAGUACAGGAGCAGAGUAGGCUUUGAUCAGUUGUCACCGAUAAAAUCUUCAAAUCGCCAGAAAAAUUCUACAAUCAUUCAAAAGCCUUGGAAGAGUAAAGACGCACAGAACUAAGUUCCUGACCAGUAUGAAGUCGAUCGCGAGCGCCGUUCUUCUGCUGAUCUUUUCGGUUUUGGUCCACUCCCAAAGUAUCAAGGACCUGGUAGAGGAAUGCAAACAAACCGUUCCGAUUAGCGAGGAGUUGGAAAAGUCCUUCCUGAAGCUGGAGUUUCCCCCGGAGGAAAAGACCACCCAUUGUCUGUUGGACUGCAUUGGAAAAUCACUGAAGGUCAUGGACGAGAAAAGUGGAAUCAACUUGGCCGUGGUUACCAAGCUUCUGCAGGAGGUGGAACCAGAAGGCGUGAUCGGUGAGGAACAGGUCCGGUGUGCUACAGAAGCUGCCACCAGUAAGGAAGAUCAGUGCACGAUGGCUUUUAAGCUUUAUCAGUGCUUUGAGAAGGAGUUUUUGGCACUGAUGAAGAUGAAACUGGAUCAGGGGGAGUGAAUCGGGGUAAAGGGUGAAAUGUAGUUAUGAUUAGAGAAUAUAGAAUGUAUGAUGAUUUUUUUACGUUGAAGUAGAUAA